UCAAUCAAAUUCAACAGUCGACACAUCCACUGAUCAACAAGUGGUUUGUUUGUGUUCUCUAAUAAGAAAAAACCACCUUUGUUUAUAGUCGAAUGACAUCGUCUCAAAUGUCGAAUCCUUCUAAAGUCUCCCAGCGUUACGUUUUGAUUCGUCCCUUCUCUCAAGGCGACGAAAUAGAUUGCAAGAAAAUUGCAGGCUUUAGUGUAAUGUCAACAGUUAACCGCACAUUCUUUUCGGCUUUGUUUCGCGAAACAACAUUCCAGUUGAUGGUGUUCCUUUCAGCUGUGUUAUUCAUCAUAGUGGGAAUUCCCUUCUUCUACUGUGCAGUAUCUGUGCCAUUGACAAUAACUUUUCUCUAUUCGGCAAUAUGGAGCAGUGCCAUGAUGAAAAGUCUUGAAAUUCAAAAUGAAUUAUCUCUAGUGAAGCAGCAAUAUCAAGAAUCAUCUGACAAGACCACAUUUCUGGUAGCUGAAUACUAUGGCCCUCAUUUAGAUCUGAACCCCGGAGAAAACAUUACUUUUAUAAACCUGUCAAAUUUCCAAGGAUUAGAGGAUGAACUUUCCAACAAAUCAAAGAAACUGGUUGGAUUCUUGGGCAUUACACGAAACAAAGAUAAAGCCUGCAGCAGCUGGCUAAGACGAUUUGCAGUUGAUCAACAAUUCAAAAGAAAGAAAAUUGCUACUGAAUUAAUAUCGACUGCAUCACACUUUUGUUAUGAACGAGGAUACGCCUCAAUUGAAGUCUGUAUUACCGAGUGCCAGCAAGAGGCAAAAGAAUUCUUUCUUCACCAUGAAUUUGAAUUGGAGCAACUCUACCACAAAAGUAUUAUGGGUAGCACAGCCGUAUACACUAAGUACCUUUUCAGGAAAGAUUUGAAGCAUACCAAGUCAGCACUUAAUGCUUAGACUCCCCAGGUCAAGCGUGCAACGUGAUCCGUCUUUCGUUUUGACGACUGGAUGAAUCCGAGUAGCUGCAGCUGCGCAACCGCUCGAAUAAAACGUGCUUGAAUGAUUGGCUCAAUUUCUUCAUUGUCGUCUUCAUCGUCCUGUUUAAAAUUUGAAUACAAUUCGUCUUUGUA